AUGUCUCCCAUCCCGGAUCGGGUACAUGCUUCGACGUCCCUCAUUCCUUUCCUUGACGGCGACUGUAGAGAGCUUUCUCUCUCCAUCCCAAAGCACAUCACAUCUUGACAAUAGGAAUGUCCUAUCCAAAAUCGACAGGUGCAGGUCGGAAAUUCUCCAUUAUACAAGGUAGAGAGAAUGUUGGGUGCAGGAGGUUUUGGGCUGGUCUACAUUGGACGAAGGGUGGCUGGUGGAUCUCAGGGCGAUGGGCCCAAUGCCUUUAAGGUUUAGUUUCAACCUCCCAUCACUCCUGCCAAGGGAAUCUUUAAAUACUGCUGUUUUAUGUUGUCUCUUUCAUUUUCCUGCGGUGGGUGUAGGUAGCACUGAAGUUUGAGCAUAGAAAUAGCACGGGUUGCAGAUUUGGCCCCCCAUAUGAAUGGCAAGUUUAUGAGUAAGAAGACACCCCCUACUGCUCUAAUUUAUUACGUAUUGUGUCGAUCUAAAACUACGUUCUUCAUCUGACUUUGUGAAUAUGGUUUUAGCCAUCUCAAGGGAUGCUAUGGAUUGCCUAGGGUGCACUACAAGGGCCGCCAAGGAGAUUAUUUCGUCAUGGUUGGCGUAGAGUCUUUCAUUUUAUUGUUUCCUCGAAUUAUGUUUUUUAUUGAAAGCUAAUUAUGAUAUUGUUGAUGAUGAUUGCUGCAGAUCAUGGACAUCCUUGGACCAAGUCUCCUGGAUGUGUUCAUAUCCAUUGGGCAAGUGUAAGAAAAUAAUCUUGACUUCAUAUUCAAAGUCAAUAUUCUGUUGAGAAUUGUGCUAUUGAGUUUGACUAACUCCUUGGACAGAAUGCCACCAAAUAUGGUGGCUUGUAUUGCUGUGGAGGCAAUAUCCAUCCUUGAGAAGCUACACCAAAAAGGGUACGUAUGGCUUUGUGGCAGUGUGAUAUUUUUUCAAUUAAAUUUUUGCAAAGGUCACAGUAAUCAAUUCAUUGCUCCCUUGUGCACUCCCCUCCCUCCCUCCACCCACACAAAAAAAAAAACAUGCCAGGUUUGUGCAUGGAGACGUCAAGCCAGAGAAUUUAUUGUUGGGUAAACCCGGAAGCUCAGGGGAGAAGAAGCUUUUUCUCAUCGACUUUGGGCUGGGUAUGUUGCUGCAUUCCAAUCACUUCUUGUUUUCACCUUUCGCACCUAUUGAUUUUAGAGUAGGGUUUGUUUUUCCAAGUAUAUAAACAAAUUCGUCUUGACUGAGAAGUCCCUGUCUGUAUCAACAUCAGUGAUAUUUUUGUGCUUUGUUCAGAGCCUGUACAAAUGCUAAUUGGUGUCAUUAAUAUUUUAAUCAGCUUCAAUGUGGAGGGACAGUUUGUCAGGCCAGCAUGUCAGCUUAUGCCAACAGCCAGAUAAUUUCAGGUUUUUUGGGAAACGAUAUUCUAUUUUUUCCCUAAAUUCUUAGCUAAGAGGAGGAUUCAUAAAAUCUUACCCCUACCUUACUAUCUAUCUCAUGUUCCCUAGGGGCACAACACGAUAUGCAAGCGUCCAUGCACAUUUAGGCCUCACAGCGAGUAGAAGAGAUGAUCUUGAGUCAUUGGCCUACACUCUGAUUUUUUUGAUUAAAGGAAGGCUGCCGUGGGAAGGCUAUCAGGUUUGCUUUCACCUCUACUUGUACAUGUUCUCCCAUCUCUUUGAUUGAUCACUUGCUGAUUCUUAUGCCAACUAUGUAGGGGAAUGACAAGAGGUUUCUAGUCUUCAUGAACAAGACUGUAACCUCCCCCGAGACGCUGUGUGGUGGCUGUCCCCCUCCUUGUGCACAAUUCCUUGAAGCAGUGAAGAAGAUACAAUUUGUUGAGCAGCCCACCUACUCGAAGCUCAUUUCUCUUUUUGGAAGCUUGAUAUGCCCCCCCUGCACCCUGUUAAAGACCAUUCGGAUUGAUGCAAUUUUGAAGGUGGUUGCAAACAUGACAUCACUGAAAUUACCUCACAUAUUUUUAUUUUAUGUCAGAUGGUUUUAUCUCUUUUUCAUGGCUCUAUCAUCUGUUGUUAAAUAGGCUGACCAUGUUUCCAACAGGUUCACCAAAAACGUGGAAGAUUGCAGGUAAAUAAUGAAGAAGAUGAGUGUCAUAGAAAGAAACGGAUAAAAUGUUUGAUUGAUGACAGACCAUGACCAUGUACAUGUAAGAAUAUAAAUAAAAUCUGUAAAGUGCCAAUUGAGAAAACAUAAAUCUCAUGACUAAAUUAUUUAUUAUUAUUGUUAUUAUUUAUUCAUAAAGAAAACGAUAGUUUAAAAGCCUGAUAUUAAGGGCAUGAAUAUAAUACUUUUUUAAUGUAAUCAUAGCUAUUGAUAAAGGUGUGUAAUUAAUAUUUAUGCAAAAACAGAAACUAUAUCAAUCAAUGAUAAUAAUACAAGACAACCAUUUAGAGGGCGUGAGUAUAAGUAGUAUAAUAUCAUAGUUACUCUUGCUAGGAAUAUGUAUCAUUUAUUGCCAACAUUUAAACUUUAGAAAUGUUUUGUACCUACUAUCUAUUCACCUUGGAAAUGGCACCACUUUGGAUGUAACCUAUUGAGUACAGGAAUAUAAUAUGUUUAAGUACAUUCACACUUACAAAUUAUCAGAAAUAAUUAUUAGACCGAUAAAUGUAAAUUUUAUGCAUAAAUAAUGAAUAUUACUUUUUUAUAAGAAAGCUGGCACAUAAAAAUACAGUAUUAAAGGGAAGAAAUCUAAUAUUAUUUCAUACAAUCAUAAUGAUUAGUUGCAAUGAAUAAUUACUAUAGUUUACCAAAAUGAAAAUUUUAUCAGUAAAUAAAUGAACACUACAAGUAUUGGAUUAAAUGGCACGAAUUUGAUAGUUUAGGUUAUAUUUAUAAUUACUAAUCAUUAUGAUUAAUAUUAUUUAUUAGAAUAUGUAAAGUUAUGAAGAAAUAAGAAUUAUGUAUUGGAAGCUUAUGUGUCCACCAAAGGACACACAUCCACCCCAUAAUGUGUUUAGAACCACAUGUAGUCCAAAACUGAAAGUAAUGUAAUGUCGUAAUUAGUUCCCAUCAUAGUAAAAGUAUGAUUUCUUUAGUGAUGAUCUAAAAAUUAAGAAGCAUCUAGAUUCAUAGAAGAUUGGGUAUAUAAAGAGGAGUUUGAAAUAAAAGUCACAUAGUUAUGCUUUGUAAUGUUUUCAAUUUGAAAAGCAUAUCUUGACAAAGUUAAAUCUUAUAUGAUUCACAUGAAUGAAUGUCAUCGUAUAUACUUUUUAUACAUUGCACCCUCUAGAUGUUUUCCUAAACUUGAAGAAAAAUGUACUCAUCGUCAAAUCUUGAUUCAUUCCAUUGAUGAGUGGAAAAUGAAUUUCUUGUCUAAACUAAGACUUUAAGCAUAAGUAGGAAGUUAUUGUAUUAACAAGUGUGCCGACCAUCACAUUUAUGAGGAUGAUGAAUUAAUCAUGGAAACUAUUUAUUGAAAAAAAUUAUUAUCUAUUAUCUAUUUUGACUGUAGUCUAAUGUACAAUUGUAAUUAAGAGUUACAUAAUUCUAUAUGCGACCCCUAUUAAAUGUUUUUGAGCCAAAUCUAUAUUGUAUAUAAAUUUGUAUAUAGUUUUACACAUAUAAAAUGAGAUUUUUGCCUUUUUAAGAGUACACGUACAAUAUUUUCAAGUAAAUUGAUAAUAUUUUCAAGUACAAUAUUUUUACCUUUAUUAUUUGUUAAUAUAAUGUCUUUUUUUAUCAUAAUAGAAAACCACUGAUAAGUUUUCAUUAUCAUGAGUUAAUAAUUAGUAAAUAAUAUAUUUUUAACCUUAUCUCAUGAUAAAUAGACUUAUAUUUCUAUUAAAUUUUUAAAAAAAGUUUUCAAUGGAUUAAUGUGAUUUUUUUAGCUAAUUAAAUAAUUUUGUAUGUAUUUAUAUGAUUUUUAUAAUCCUAUUUUUUAAAAUAAAUCAAGAAAAAAAAUAAAAUAAAAAUAUAGCAAAAAGAGGGGACCCAUCAGCCAACUAGGCCUACAAGUAGGUCAGAAGGGUAGUCGGGGGGAGCCACAAGCAAGGGCUUGGGUGACUAGGACCAAUGGAGCCAUGUGUGCGCCACUCCCUUUCCACGUCACCGGUGGCCAGCCAAGACUGAGGCAAAGAGUGGUUGUACAUGUGAGAGAAAUAUACUCAUUACUUGUUGAUGUGACUCAGUCAUUGUAUAUUAAAUCACGCAAAUCUAAAAUUUAUAAAACUAGAAAAUAUGAAUUUUUGGAUAUUUAGAAGUAUUUCUAAAUAAAUAUAUCAAUUAUAAUUCAAUAAAACUUUCAUAAAUAGCAAUAAUUUUAUAAGUCAGGCAUAGAGAUAUAAUAUAAUAUCUGGUAAGUAUUCAUAAUUUUUCUCAAUGAAUAUGAUUUUCUAUAAAUUUUAUACUAAGAAAUAAAAAGAAAAUAUAUUUAAAAUUCACAAAAAAGGAAAAUAAGGGUGCGGAUGUCAAGAUGACAUCAGCGCCCUGCAAAUACGAAUCGAGUAGAAAUAGAAUUCCGCCCAAAAAUUCUUAUGUAAGUGAUUAUAGAUGAUUUAAUUAAUCAAAUUAAGAUCUGUAAAAGCCAAAAGAAUCAUAAUAGAAUGAAGUAUAUUUUGGUAAAUUAAAAUCACAAAAAUUAUCACUAAUUUUUAAUGAAGCGUAAAGUAAGUUGAAAGUAAGAAAAUAGAGUUCCGAUGUCACGACGACGAUGCAUCGACAAUACAUUGGAAUCUUGAGCAUUGGGGAGGAUCGUUGUGUAAUGUCCACAACCUCGAAAGCUCUCCUUGGACAAAAACAAUGUGGGCAAUCUCUAAAUCUCCUUGCGAAGUCUAGAGAUCAAUGAAGUGGGUCGUCGAAUCGUCGCUGGCAGCUGUCACCCGGCGAAGUAGAAAAACGGCAACUUUGUGGCUCUCUAGUGACUAUCACUCGACAGAGAGGAGCUAGAUGGAGGUGGGGCAUGUGUCAGGGAGCUUCAUCCUCAGGUCUGCGUAGCAAGAGGAGGCUCUUCAUCGCAUCUGGUAUGCUCUCAAGAAGUGGCGACUCGUCUCCCAACAGAUCGUCCUCUUCCCAACGACGGCUUGUUCGUCAAUCAAUCGGAGAUGCUUUACUCGAUAGAUUUGCAAUCCUUUUAUCGUGA